UGUGUUCCUGUGUGUGUGUGUCAGCCGUACCCAUCAUGGCCACUGAGCAGCAGCAGCUGAUGAGACGGACCCAGCCCUUCAGACACCGGUACCGGUGAGGAGGCUUCAUGCCUCCAUCAUCCUCCUCAUCCUCAGUGAGAUCUCCGAGCAGGAUGACUCGUGGCGGCAGCAUGAAUAAGGAUUACUCCAUUAAUCUGUCGGUGCAGCAAGUGCUCAGUCUCUGGGUCCAGGGCACGGUACCGACCCUACAGCACUUCACAGAGAUGUGGUACUGGGUGUUUCUCUGGUGUCUCUUCUCAUCUCUGUUCGUCCACAGCGCCGUGGGUCUGCUCAUGUGCGUUACGCUUCAGCGUCAUAAGAGAGGACGAUUGAUCACGGUGGUCCUGAUCAGUGUGGGCUUUCUGGCAUCACUCACAGGAGGAGUUAUCACCAGUGCGGCAGUAGCAGGUGUGUAUCGUGUGGCGGGGAAGGACAUGACACCAUUAGAAGCUCUGGUUUUCGGGGUCGGCCAGACCACUUUUACCGUCAUAAUUUCAUUUUCACGGAUACUAGCCACGCUCUGAAUGGACAGAGUCACUCACUGACGCAGCCAACCGGCUCACAGAAGAGGCGGGAUGAGGAUAAAGUGGGUUGGGUCGAGGUGAGUGGCAUUAAGGGUGUGUCCUGUGGUGCAAACAGAUUAGCUUUAGGAGUACCUGGUAAACCCUUUGGAAUGACAUCGGUUCAAAUCAGAUGCAAAAACAGCAUGAAGCUGUUUAUAAGCCUUUGUCAGAAACUCAAUCAACGUGCCAAUUGCCUUGAUGGAGAAUUACAAUGACUCUUUAGACGUUUUUGUUUUGUUUUUGCACAUGAAACGCUGCAGCUUUAUGUCCAUCACUUGAUGUUGGAGUCGUAGCAAUGCAGUACAGUGGAAAAAUACUGCAACCAUAAUCACAUGGAUGCAUCUAUCUAUCUAUCCUAACCAUUUACGAUACAAGCUGGGCGGCCUAAAACAUUCCUGUUUGUAUGGAUGGAUUUUGACUUUGGUCUAACAGUGUUAUCACAUCGUGAUUUUUUUCUACUUUGCACAUUUUUUUACAUGGAGGAAGAUGUUUAAUAUGCUUUAAUGGAUCUGAGUGCUGGGGCACUGCUUAACAACACAGACCUUUAUUCAAAGACUAAUCUGGUCUCUUUAAACCUAGUUAAUGUAGUUUUAUAUCAUUAUAUCAUGGCAUAAAUCUGUUGUCCAUGUAAAUGAUCGCUCUACACAGGUAUUCAAGUCUUUAUGUAUAAUCCACAUUACUGUGGCAAUACUAUUACUGCUCAUAUAUGGGGACUUUAAACCACAGGCCUUAAAAGACGAGACACGCAACUCUCGUGAGUCAAGUAUUUGUCAAUACAUCCUGAACUGAUUCUGCUGCACACUUCUCUGCGUCUCUAUGGGCCUCAAAGCCGCAGUGGUGUUGCGUCACGCCUCAUAAACACAUGUUAGGAUAUCCGGAAAAAAAAUGCAUUGUACUUGAACUUUCUAAUGCAGAAGUUUACACUGAGGCCAUAAGAAAAUAAUGUGUCUUUGCCAACAGUUUAAAUGUGUGAAAACUGAAGAUUGCACUCGCAAUAAUUUGCCUUUCAUAAGAUUCCCAAUCCAUGAUCCUUAUAGACUUUACCAAAAACAGUAUCAGCAUCAGAUCUGUGAGUGUUGUGCUGUUAUAGAGAUGUUUUAUUGGUUAAACAGUGUGAAAUAUGACAGCAUAAACAGUGUGUUUUACUUAUACGGCUGCCAAUAUUUGCAACAAAUGAUGCUUUAGUUUGCUUAUUUUCCUUGUUUUGAACUACCAUCACUUUCAAUGGGCUGAUAGUUAAAGACCAUUAGAUUUUUUUUCAAACUUCAGCUUUUAAAGUUUUUAUUUACAGUAUUUAUUUUUUUAAUAUCUAUAAAGUUUAUAUACAUAAACUGUACAUGGAGGAUGCACCAAUAUUUUGGCCUAUUAUCAGUAUUGGCAGAUUCAAGCAUUUUUGCCACUAUCAGACAUCUGUGAAUUGUUUAAAAACAGCUAAUGAUGAAGCCAGAUACCUGGCAUUUAAAAGGGGAAGAUAAAAACACAAACUUGAUAAAAAUACAGUUCGUACGCUCGGCAUAAAAUACUUUACAAGUAAAAGGCAAAAAGUAUCUACUUUUAGGCAUUCAUGUGAAACCGAUAAACAAUCAUGUUUAAAACAAACUUUGUUUCAAAUUCAGAUGCUUUAUUUUACGCAAGUAUUACUUGCAAUUUAAUUGCAUGUGUGCCGUCUGAACCAUGUUUUAAAUGUCUUCAAUCUUACCCCAAGGUAAUUUUUUUCCUUGUUAAGUAUUACAAAACAGCUUCUUUUAUAUGCAUACAGUAUGUCUGUUUACAGAUGCUCCAUGUGUGACUGUUGUGUAAAUGCCAGUAACAUCUGCAGGUCAUUUUAACACAUUAGUAAGGGAUUUCAGUCUCUGAUACGCACAAAGGAAUCAGAUUUCUCUGUUUCUUUAAGCCAAAGUAAACCUUAUCUCUUCGUGUUCAGUACUUUUUAAAUUAAAUAUAAUUUUUUAACACUUAGCUUUUUAUAUUAUGUGUUUUUGUUUGUCACACUUCUCUUAGCACUGAUUCUGUUUAAAACCUACUGUAUAAAAUAGGUUUUUUUAUCAUUUUGUUGAUACUGUGAAAGAUUUUCUGAUAUUAGGUAAUGAUGUUACGAUAUUUAUGAGAACACUGGAUGAUCAUUUCAUUCUUAUGCAACUAACUAAUAGGUUUUCUGGCAGUAUAAGAGGAGCCCAGCAGAGGGCGCCAGUGUACUGUGAAUGAGUCUUUCAUGUAGAAAUGAUUGUAGCUUUGCUCUGCACACUUCUGCAGAUAUGUUGUGUUAUUUAUGAAGACUUACAAUACUCACUUUUAAAAAAGUCACUUUAAUUUUUUUAUUUUUAAAAAUCAUUUUUAGCUCUUUUUCAUUUUUCCAACUUACAUUCAAACAAUGCUACUCGUAUUAUUUUGCAGUAUUUACACUAGUAUGUAUUGUGGACAGCAUGUGAGUUUUGUGUAUGUAUUUUAAACCCAAAUGAUCUAGAUUUCAAAUGUGCAGUAUACAGUCUAGUGUGCACUUGCAUCCUACAGUCAUAACGUGAUCUUUCUUGAAGGAAAGAUUCAUAUUUAAUAAAAUCAGCAUAAUGGUAAAAAAAUGAAUGCAUUUUUAAACACAUUUGUAUAAACAGUACAAAAUAAUCACAUUUAUUUUCAAGAUAAUGACUGAUCACCACUAUAUAGUGUUGUCAUGUAUGAAAUAUUUAUCUUUUAAUACUGCUUCUUGUUUCAUAUAUCACUUAAAAAGAUUAUUGACAAUAUAUAUUGAAUCACGUGCAGUACAUAAUACGAUGAUAUUCAAUUCUCAACAUAGUCACACACUUUCAACCCUCUUUCAGCAAAACCUCCUGGUAUCUAAGUAUUUGAACUUUGGUUGAAUGUUUAAAGAUUUUUUUCUUUAAUAUGUUUCUUUUAAUAUGUUACUAUUGCCAAGGUACAAACAAAAUAUGAACACUGUUAAAGAGAGAAAAUGAAUGGUGCUUUUAUUUAUGUAGAGUUUCUCUCUUUAACAGUUGUUGUUUGUUUGCAUUUUUUUUGCUUUCUCUUAGCACUUUAUUUAUUAAUGAAGUUUUCUGUAGACUUUUUACUUAACCUUGACCUUCACCAAGAACAUGAGUUCCUAAUCAAAUGCACAAACUUUAAAUUAAUUUAUUAAAAUAGCCCUUAUACCUAUGGUAUAUACAUUUUUGUGUUUGAAUGAUGCAGAAGUGGAUUGUUUAGGUUUAAGUUUGUCAUAAAUAUAGUAUUUGUGUACAUGAAUGAAGUUGUAUGUAUACUGUUUGUGUUUGAAUGGUGUUUAAGCAUGCUGUCAGUGUUGUGUUUGAGUGCAUUAACACUUUUACUGCUUUGAAUCUCAGCAAGUUUUCACCUUUCAAAGAAAUGAUUUGAUUUAAUCACAUUUGUAUUUUUUGAUAAGUUGGACUCAGUUUAAAACCCCUUUAAUUUCGAAACUUUAAAAGAAAGUUUUUAAGCUCUUGUAAUACUUGUGGAUUGUCUUUGUCUUUUUUAACAUUUGUUUUUCUUAUGUUGCUUUUUGUUGGUUUGCACAGUUUUUAAAGGCCAUAAAUAGAGUUUAGCAACUGGUGUGAUUUGUAUAUUACUAUACUAUAUGACAACAUCAUUAUAUGGUGAUAUGGUUUCAGAUCUUUAGAGAUGCUGGCAAAACUCAAGAUGGAAAAUAUUGCAAUACAGAGCGAGACAUGAUAUCUGAUAUUUUCUCUGUUAACAUAAAAUGAUUUUAUAAAGCAUACUCUUUCGUCAUCGGAGCAUUACACCUGCGCGUCUGUACCCCAGCGCUUGCAUGCAAUAAUGCAACUCCUCUUGGACUUUAAUGUUUUUGUGAACGGAUUUCUGACAAUCCUUCUUAACCGCUACUUGUGUGUAAAUAUUGUAUAAUAUGUUAUUUUAUAAAAAUAUUGCCAAGUGUCUAGUUCUGUACAAAUUUUCAUUUGUAAAGACAAACACCUG